AUUGCUCUCAGUAGCUGCACAGUGAUGCCACAGUCAGUUCCCUCCUUCCUUCCAUCCCUCCCUCCCUCUCGCUCUCUCAUCUUAUCUCCACUCAGCUCAGACCCUCUGGUCCAAUGCUCCACCGAGGUGCCUCCAGUUCGUCUGAGCCAGUUGUGGGAAAGCUUUCAGUCACAGCUGCUGCGAGAGCCUGCGUGAGAGAUGCCGUCCACAAUAGAACAGCAGUGAUCUGGACGCAGCCACCGCAGGGAUGAAUCUGUCUGAUGAGUCCUCCUACCGAGAGGAGUUGCUGCUGGGCAACUUCACCUUGGCUUACUCCUACCACCACCAGAACUACACGCCGGUGCCCCCACUUCAUCCGGACAAGACGGGCACUUCCAAACCUGCAGCGUGCGAGCAGGUCCACAUCGCCAUCGAGGUCUUUCUGAUCCUGGGUAUCAUCUCGCUGCUGGAGAACAUCCUGGUCAUCACUGCUAUAGUGAAGAACAAGAACCUCCACUCACCCAUGUACUUCUUCGUCUGCAGUCUGGCAGUAGCAGACAUGCUGGUGAGUGUGUCCAACGCCUGGGAGACCAUCGUCAUUUACCUCCUCAACAACAGACAGCUGGUGGUGGAGGAUCACUUCAUCAGGCAAAUGGACAAUGUGUUUGACUCCAUGAUCUGCAUCUCUGUCGUGGCAUCCAUGUGUAGCCUGCUGGCCAUCGCGGUGGACAGGUACGUCACUAUCUUCUAUGCACUGAGGUACCACAACAUCAUGACAGUUAGGAGAGCUGGCUGCAUCAUCGGGGGAAUCUGGACCUUCUGCACGGGCUGCGGGAUCAUCUUCAUCAUCUACUCAGACACCACCCCGGUCAUCAUUUGCCUUGUCUCCAUGUUCUUCGCCAUGCUGGUUAUCAUGGCCUCAUUAUACAGCCACAUGUUCAUGCUGGCGCGCUCCCAUGUCAAGCGUAUCGCCGCCCUGCCCGGCUACAACUCCAUCCACCAGCGGACCAGCAUGAAGGGGGCCAUCACCCUCACCAUCCUGCUGGGGAUCUUCAUUGUCUGCUGGGCUCCCUUCUUUCUCCACUUGAUUCUGAUGAUCUCGUGCCCGCGGAACCUCUACUGCGUGUGCUUCAUGUCCCACUUCAACAUGUACCUCAUCCUCAUCAUGUGCAACUCGGUGAUUGACCCACUGAUAUAUGCGUUCAGGAGUCAGGAGAUGAGGAAGACUUUUAAAGAGAUCAUCUGUUGUUACAGCCUGAGAAAUGCUUGCACCAACAUCUGCGCUCUGACGGGUAAGUACUGAGAGGGAGGCCGACUCGGACGGCCGAUGUUUGACGAACCGAACCGACUGUAGCAGAAUAACCCUUUCCAGCUACUACACUGUAAGGUCAAACAUAUUUAUAUAUAUAUAUCUUUUGUCCAAUAAGAAGAAAGGAGACUCCCACUGAUUGUAGGGAGGUUAACUUACAGUCUUCUCUUGUUGACGCAAUGUGCACAAAGCAUCAGUUUUUUUGUUCCAUUAAUUGGAAUAAAAAAAACGUGACAACUGGAUUGUGUUUUGCAGAAAACCGUUUUUGUUCUAGAUAAAAAUUUGUUAUCUUGUUGUUUUAGCGGCAAUUUGCUUGAUUGUUCUAACUUGACCUAAUCUUCUUUUAAAUCACCACUUAUUGAUGAGAUAAUUUCCUUGUUGUCAUCUUUGGUAAAUCCUAAAUGCUGUUAUUUGCUACCAACUACUGUGCAUGUGCACGAUGGCCUCAAAUACUGCCGCUUGGUCGCUGUCGGAAGACCGAUACUUCUUCGGGUGUCCCGUCCCCCCUCCAACGUAAACCUUUCUGCGUCAUUACAAAGCCGUCAGAGCAAAGGACUUUGUAUGAGGAGCAAAAGUGUCCUCUUGGGGAGGAGGUCGCCUUGGUCACUUGGCUUUAAACAAAUACAAGACGGAGGUUCCCCAUUAGUAUACUUGUUAGCCAUGCGCAGCACAGGCCCGGGGGAAAAAAGACAGCAACAAAUGGGGAAAGUUCUCAGAGGAAUCAAAUAGAAAGUUGCCUCACAUGAUUUCCCACGAGUCAGUGUCAGCUGUGACUUCAAAUGCAGACAGAUCACGCGAAAUAAAAGAAAACGCUGUCGCCGAAGAGAAUUCUGAGAAGUGUCGUCUGCAUUAAACAGAGAUAAACCUGCGUUGAAUAAAAGAGAGUAAGAGGAGCUCAUUACAACAAGGUCACAGUGUACUAGAGAUUUAAAAAUAAAACUUUCAUACAAACAUCAUUUUACUGUCCCAAGCAUUAAGAAUUACAUUGUUGUAAUUAUGUUCACUAUGAGAUGUCACGGCGGAUGUCACUUCAUGAACAACAAUCAUUUAAAAAGUGUUAAGUGUCAAUAUCCCAACCAUUAACCUGAGAAGGGCAAGGAAGGAUAGUUUUUGUAAUCUUUAAACCAAUGUUGUCCUUGAUUUGAAAUACCGCCUUGAAUGUGAUUGCGCUACAUUUUGCAGUGCGAGCGAGCUGCUCCAUGUGCGUUCUGUCCGGUUGGCACAUCUGUGUUCUGCACAGUCUCAUACUGGGCGUGUUCUAAGUCUCUAAGCAAUAAAUAAAUAAAUAAAUAAUGUUCAUAAAAGAGCUUGGGAACAUUUUCCUGGGAUACAAGAUUUUCCAUGCAUCCAUGCGUCCGGCAUUAAAGCUGAAUUCCUUCCUUUUUUUAUAUCGUCUGACCCAUUAUGUUACAGCCACAUUGGCAGCAGCACUUUUGGAGAGAACAGAUGGUACUGCAAGUUUGGAUCAAAAUAAUCUCCAGAUAAUAACCUUGAUUUGCCAAUUAUCUGCGCCCAUUAUGCCCCUGAAAGUCUCCAGUUUACCAAAUCUACCGAUUUCUUCUUUUGAUUUUCCUCGCCCAUGUUCAGCGAUGUUUUUCUCGGCCUCUGUUCAUCGAGCUGUAGCUCAAUCCUCGCGUGUCCAAAGCUUUUCAAAGUAAUCGUUGCCUUUAGAUGUUUUUAUGCAGCCUCAGUUCAACAACGCAGAAUCUCGUAGCCUUUCCAACUCCACGCAACCUGAACAAAACGCACAGCAUCUUGCAUGUAGAAGGAGUGUAGAAUUAGGCCGUGUAUUGUUGGCUCACUGGAAAAUGGUGCACAUAGCCGGCUCUUGAUCAAUUGUGAAAGACAGAAAUAUCCAGGACAUUUUUAGCAAGUUAGUCAUAAAAUGAGAAGUUGAAAAUUCAAGUCUUAGGUCUUCUAGACCAGUGGUUCUCAACUGGUCUCACUGCAGGACGUACUAUUCCCUUAAUAACCAGCCGCGACACAAAUUAAGGGAAAUGAUCCAAAUAAUACAAAAAUAAACCAAAAUGUAUUCACAUAGGGAAACCUUGUUAUGGCUUUUAGUUCCUCGAGAUUGUUUGAUCGUCUUCCCAGCGCUCCACCAGGCGGCGGGGCCGGACCGACAAUGUGUCGCCUGGAAAAGGUGGGACGCACCUGUUGAGAAUAACUAGAAAAAACGGACGUUGAGAAAAUUCUGCCCGUCUACAAAUCCAAAUAUGAGGGUUGAUCAAAUUGUCAUUUCAAUCUCACGCUCUGGGGCACAGGUGUCAAACCCCCCUGCUCGGGUAUCAGGCAAAUAGAACCCUAGAUGGUGGAUUUUCUCCCCAGAGACUUUCCAACACCAAACCCUUUGAAUGUGUAAACCAUUGACAGAAAACAACAGAAACAUUUUAUUUAUAGAAUCAAUUAGAUCAAUACAUCUUUUGUUAUGUGAUGAUUCCAUAGACUUCUCCGAAUACCGUGGCACUGCAUUUUUGUUAUCUAUGAAUAAAUGCCGGCUGCUGCUGAACUUUUGGAUGGCAUUGCCGGACAACAUCCAGUUCCCCCCCCACGCCCCUCCCGUCCUCCCUGCCGCUGCAUUAGUGCAAUAGUUAGUGCCAAUGCUCAGUGAAAAAGCUGAUCCCGCUAUGGUUGGAAUGUGCCUGUAUCUGUCUGUAUUUUCAUAUUAAUUAUAACUGCUCUGUUCUGCCAAUGUUUGAUUGUUACUGCAUCCCUGGUCUGAAUGUAAAGUCAGACGUUUACACUUAGAUUGUAAUAAUGAAUGUACAUUCAGCUUUGCAGUGCUCUCUGUAAGUGUAAUGUCAGUGGUGCCUACCUGCCAAAUGACAAGUUUAAAAGAUCUUUAUCACCGUACACAUCCGUCUGCCUGAAUUUGCUGUUCUGCAUCAUUUCUUAAUGUUAUUUGCUAUUUGCAUCACGAGACUGAUCAAUGGCAAUUGUUUAAUGCAUAUAGACAGCAAGAGAAAACAGUGUUAAAGGAUGUGUUGUGUUGUAAUUGCCUUAACGUCACUUCCACACAUGCUGUUUGUAACUGUGAGAUUAAAACAAGAGCAUAUAUGUGCUUUCAUUAAAACACAAUGAUAUU